AUGGCGCAUAUGCAUUACUAUGGACGGCGAGGAGUUGCAUCACUGCUCUGCCUCUUCAUUAUGGUACUUAAUGGUUUCACUGUAGGCGCUAGAUCUACCGAUGAUACUUAUGUUAGUGGAGUGUCCCCGGCAACAGAGCUUGCAUUCUAUGCCGGCAACGCAGAGUUCUAUCGUAAAGUCAAAAUCCUCGAAACACUUACUUGGCCCCAAACGCAAAUUUAUGAUUAUUUGGAGUCUAUUUUACUUGAAAUACCUCGCUCUGAGACGUCACCGGAAAUUAAAGAAGCAGACAGAAAUGAGUGUCGUCAACUCAUGCAUGAUAUCGACCAUAUUAUCAGUGUUUAUGUCAAUUACACCGAAUUAAGAACGAUGCUUGAUGAAUACCGUGCAAUAUCCAGGGGCCUUCAAAGGAAAAAUGUAACGCCGGAAAGGUCUGCUGAACUGGAAAGCGCUUUGAUGGAUCUAGAAGAGCGAUUUAGAGGGAAAGAAGAUUUUGCAUCAACCACCUUAAAAGACGACAAUGCGUCGUAUUACAGAGAAUCAAUCCGAAAAGCAAACAGACUCAUUCGGAAUCAUAGUAGUCAAACCCCACUGCAAUCUCUCGAUCAACGAUCAUUGGGGGUGAGCGGCGGCAAACAAGCUUCACUCGCUUCAGAUUCGUCAGGCGAUUUAGGAGGGCGCCAUAGUGAUGUAACCCAAACUAUACCAGUCUCUGACGCAGGCAAUGAAACGAUGCGAGAACUACUCAACGAUCGCUCUUUGCUAAAAACGUUGGGUGAUGUUGAGGGAAUGGCACAAAAAAUAGAGGCAAUAUUAAAUGGCCCUUUGAUGAAUGACAUCAAUUUAUACGCAGCUGGUAGUGAUAUCUCUCCCUAUAAUGCAGUAAUUCUGGAUAUCCAACACGAUUAUGACAGGAAUUAUGACAAUUUUAGAGACAUCAGAAAUGCAUGGGAUGUUUACAUGCGUUACAAUGACAUCAGUGAUAAACUGAGAAUGAUAGAUCCAAAAUCAUCUCAAGCCGUUGAAUUAAUAGAAGAGAAACAAAAACUAGAGUUGGCAUUCGAGGAGUAUGGUACUCUCGUAGAUGCCGAAUCUAUUGUAUUGAUCGAUUGGGACGCGUGGAGUAUACUGUGGAUGCUGGGGAGCGUUGAAGAGGAGAGGAAAAAAUCGAAAACUCUACAUACUGUGAGCAAACCCUUACCUCAGACAGCAGUGCUUAAGGAAACCAUAACAGAGCCAGGAACAACAGAGCUUAAGGAACCUAGGCCAUCAUCUGGAACAACAGAACCAGAAGAACCUACGACGAAACUACAUCCAAUUACGACGAAUGGUACCACUCCACCAGAACCAACAAAUCUACAUCUCACGGGUGGAGUAAAUGUCACAGGCAGAUUAGGCAGGCUAGAAGGUGAAUGUGGAAUUGUCAACAAUAUACGUGGCACAAAAGAUGCUAAGGAGACUUCCGGACUCGUAAUAAUAGGGUUCACGGCUAUUCAAACAAUGGUAGCAGUUGGUAUAAUGGCAUCUCUCUGA